AUGUAUGUUGGAAUAAUUUUCCUUUGGACUCAUACACGAAUUUUGGAUAUAGACAUAUUUGAAGAACUUUCGGAAAGGCUUAUUAAUGAGGUUAAGAAUAACUAUCAAAUGCUAGAGGAGGAAAACGCCACGCUACAACAAAAAAUAGAGGAAAGGGACGAGUUGAUAAAAGGAAUGAAAAUCGAAUGUGAUAGCCUUAAAAUGGAAAAUAGAAAACGUUUCGAAGAAAAACUAUUGUUGGAAAACAAACUACAGCAGUUGAAUGAAAGACAUCAAAAGUUUGAAAAAAGAUUACGAAGACAAACUACUUGA